UUCGUCCAGUACUCGAACCUUCGGCCCGAAGAGGUCGAAGCCCACAUUCUCCGCGCUCGUGACGCUGCCUGGGUCAUCUCCCCCUGGCCGUGCAUCGGAGAGUUCUGGUUCCUCUCCUUCUCCCUCCGCCGCCACCCCGCGCACGCCCACGUCCUCGAAACCCUCCGCUUCCAAUCCCACACCGACCCGCCGCACAAACUUCUCGAUCUUGGAACUUGUCUGGGCCAGGACCUCCGCCAGCUGGCGUACGAAGGCGCGCCCAUCUCCGCCCUCUUCGGCGCCGAUCUCCUAGACUUCGAGGCCGCAGGACACGCCCUCUUCUGCGAUCUGGACCGCUUCACGCCCGGACAUUACAUCAAAGGCAACAUUUUUGCCGCAGACACCGACGCCGAAGACGCACUGGUUAAGACGCGGGGUAGUUGGUUCUUCGUGCAUGUGUCCAUGUUCCUGCACAUCUGGUCACUGGAGCAGCAGGAGGAGGCCGCGGCGAACAUCCUCAAGUUGCUGAAGAAGGAGCCGGGUGCUAUGGCGAUUGGCACGCAGACGGGGAGGCUCACGGCGAAGAAUGACAAACUUGAGCCGCCGUUUUGUAGGCAGGGGGAAGAGAAGUACGUGUAUAGGCACAAUUGGGAGAGUAUGGUCGCGAUGUGGCAGCGGGUGGCGGACGCGGAGGGGGUGACGGUGGAUGCUUGGGCGGGGUGGGACGUUUCGCACCAUGAGAAGAUGGAGAGG